CGUACACGUAUUUUGACUCGCUUGCGGUGUUGGAUUCAUUUGCUGGUGUGGCUUCGUUCUGGCUGACAUUUUCCCCUUCAUUUCGUUUCUCGGCACUUUUCGCGUUGGACGUGGACAAUUAUUGCAACUGAAUUCGGUGAAAUUUAGUGAUUAUUCCGGUCGGAUUGUAGCUUUCGAUAGCAGUAAUUAACGCACAAGAAAAACGAUGAGGAACUUUGUGUACGCCGUCGUCCUGGGUCUGUUUGCCCUGAGCCAGCUGAGUGUGGCCAACGAGGACAGCUCCGCUCGGUUGUUGGUGUCCAAGCAGAUUCUGAACAAAUACCUGGUGGAGAAUCGUGACAUUGUGGUCAAGUACACGCUUUACAACGUCGGUUCCGGAGCGGCCGUCAACGUACAGCUGGUCGACAACGGUUUCCACCCGGAGGCCUUCACCGUCGUCGGAGGUCAGCUGUCGGCCACCAUCGACCGCAUCGCCCCGCAGACCAACGUGACCCACAUUGCCGUGGUGCGGCCGAAGGCUUACGGCUACUUCAACUUCACCGCCGCCGAGGUCAACUACCAGCCAGCGGAGGAAGUGACCGAGCUGCAGUUCGCCGUCAGUUCCGAACCCGGUGAGGGUGCCAUCGUUGCCGAAGCCCAGUUCAACAAACAGUUCUCGUCGCACUACCUAGAUUGGUUUGCGUUCGCCAUCAUGACCCUGCCAUCGUUGGCCAUCCCCUACGGACUGUGGUUCAGCUCCAAGUCGAAAUACGAACUGCUGUCCAAGCCGACGAAGAAGGUGAACUAAGCUAAGAGUGUUAGGAACUAGAAUAAGUUGGAAGACGAGGCAGAUUUUUACUGCUUCGAGUACCUCAUCCCCCGGGAGGAGGACAUCAUUUUUCGGAAAGACUAAUUUAUUACACGUAAGGACGCGCUUUUCCGUUCAACCAACUCUCAUCUCACUCCCAAGCCACCCAGUUUCUCGUUUGUUGUUGCCGUGUUAUGAGUUCGAACAUGAUCUAAGUACCUACCUAGAAGGAGUUUGAAAAGCAAUGAGAGAAGCUCUGCAUUUUUUUUGUGAGCAACCAACAACGGUUGUAGUGUUUAAAGACUUUGGUUUGUUACAUCGAGUCGUACCAUCGGAAUAAAUGAGAUUGAAAACUUUAAA